GUUCAUGCUAUCUACUCAACACAAUUUGCUUUCGUUUGUUGUUGUUGUUGUUGUUGUUGUUUCUGUUCCUAUUCUAGCUUGUUCCUUAAACUCUCUCUUUCAAAGUUCCUUAGAAACAGUGAAAAAAAAAAAAAAGACCAAUUAGAAAACAAAAAUGGUGGCUUUGGUUUCCCAAGAAAAUGUUGUGACAUUGGUUUCUCGUACCGGUAGGGAGUUGCAGCGUUACAGGAAAGGUCGUCGCCAAGUUGUCGGAUGCAUACCAUACAGAUAUAAUAAGAUUGGGGAGAAAAAUUCCUUGGAUGUUUCAGAUGAAUUGGAAGUUCUGGUUAUUAGUUCUCAGAAAGGCAAAGGGAUGCUAUUUCCAAAGGGAGGCUGGGAAUUAGACGAAUCCAAAAAGGAGGCAGCUUUGAGAGAGACCAUAGAAGAAGCAGGGGUGCGAGGCAUUGUUGGGGGUAAAUUGGGAAAAUGGAGCUUCAAGAGUAAGACACAUGAUACUUUCUAUGAAGGGUACAUGUUCCCUCUACUUGUUCAAGAGCAAUUGGAAUUCUGGCCAGAGCAGAACGUUCGUCAAAGAAUAUGGAUGAGCGUCACUGAAGCAAGGGAUGUUUGUCAACACUGGUGGAUGAAAGAAGCUCUAGACAGAUUAGUAAAUCGUCUCGUGGGUCAAAAACUUGGUGGCGACAAUCAAGUUCUAGGUUCUCUUAACUGCAAAGGAGAUGCCAAAUCUGACUUGUAAAUAGUGUAACUUGGUGGAGGGCAGAGCUCAAUUUUUUUGAGUUUCUCGGACGGCAUGAACCUGAGGAGAAGAGUUAGGAUCCAAAGAAUUGAACCGAAUUAUAGUAUAAUGAAUAAUAGAUAGUGGAUUAAAUAAUCUUGGCAAUUCAAUUCCCCUAAAUUUUUUUUUUCCUGGGAAAAGGGAUUUAUGUCUAAUUGUGCGAGUAUAUAUGAGAUGUAUUUGUGGGAAUUCACUGCAUUAUUGAGAAACUUCUUGAAAUCCAUUUUGUAAACAAGCAAAUUGCUUGGUUUUUAGUUAAGCAGGGAUAAGGGGCUUUGUUCGAAAAGAAAGAAAGAAAAAAAAUGAAAAGCUGCUGUAACUUUUUUUUUUCUUAACUCCUUAUUUACUAUGUGAUAUGAUUAUGGUUUCUGGAUUUUAAGUUCACCACUUCCCUUUGCUGGAAAAGGAGGUUUUGCCUGGCAUGAAAAGAAC